CCUUUACUGUUCCCAUGGCUACUUUUACUGCAGCAGCACUCCCAUGCUGCCUAUUUUUACACAGGGUGAUUUCAUACAUCCCACUAAGCUAUAAUAAGGUGGCUUUGAUUUUGAUCUCUAAAAACCAACGUGGAUCUUGGCCAAUUCUUCAUGCCACAUUGGGUUUGAUGUUUUUCCCCCCAAACAGCCGCUCUCUGUGCCAAUCUUUUCUGAUGUCCAGAAGUUUCAAAAGCAAGCUGAGUAUGGAAUGGGAAGGGGUGGGGGGAGAAAUCUGCAGGUCAAAGAAAAUACUGUAGUCCAAAUCAAAGGCCCCACUGGGAAUGUUUUACUAGAUUAUUCUAGCCAGAGCUACAUAUCUCGACCCUCCGAGAAUUAUGCUUUUUCUGCGUGCCCAGUUGUUUUGAGAAAUGUGGUGGAAAUGAUGAAAGGUGAUAUUAAAGGUUGAUGCUAAGGGGAGGCCCUUGACCAUGCACCCCGCGCCGCUAGACAGGAGUCCGGAGAUUAAUUUUCAGGGCUUUUGAGGACGUGCUGAGUUCUCUUCCUCCGCCUCUGGAACGAGCCUGGGUGGGUAGUCGGUUUUACCCGUUGCAAUACGUCAACGUUAGACUUUGCUUCUGCCCGGCCAACUCGCGGCUGCGACCUGCCGCCUCCAACCCUGAGUACGCUCGGUGGCGGAAAGGGGGCGCUGGGAACGGCAAGCGGGCUGGAGAGAGGGCGGCGACUCGGGGUGGGCGAGGCUGAGCUCCGGGCCGCGGCUGCUCCCGGGGGCCAAGCGACAGGGAGAUCGGCUGGGCUGGAGCGGCCGAAGGACCGCGCAACAGGUUCCAAAGAUGGAGACAGGCUCCCUGGUGCGGGCUGUCUUUGAUUUCUGCCCCAGCGUAUCUGAGGAGCUGCCACUGUUUGUGGGAGACAUCAUUGAAGUGCUGGCAAUCAUAGAUGAGUUCUGGCUGUUUGGGAAGAAGGAAGGAGUCACAGGCCAGUUCCCCAGCAGCUUUGUAGAACCUGUGGAUGUUCCUGUUAUGAAGCAAGGAGAGAAGCUGUUUGUUUGUAUCAGCAACUUUACUUCCCAAGAGCCUGGCAGCCUUGCCCUGCAGAGAGGAGACCUGGUGAUAUUGAAUGAUUCUAUAGCAUCUCCUUGGCUGAAAGGCCGGAGCAGCUGGGGAACCAGUGGCUUCUUCCCAUCAUCCUGUGUUCAAAAGCUCAGCGUUUCAGGUUUUGGUCCCCGAUUCAUACAUGGUUCAACACUGGAAAUGCCAUCCUAUGCUCUGGGUCAGGCCCGAGCACUGAUGAGCCUUUCAGCCCAGAUGAAGGAGGAACUUGAUUUCCGGGAAGGGGAUGUGAUUAUCAUAGUUGGAAUUCCAGAACCUGGAUGGUUUGAAGGGGAGAUUCAAGGUCGCCGAGGCAUCUUCCCAGAGGGCUUUGUGGAGCUUUUGGGUCCCCUAAAAUCCAACAAUAACCCAGAUGACCGAACUUCAUCAGAGAUUCCAAAGAUAAAUGGAAUGAAAGAUACCUAUUCCCAGGAAGAGGAGAAGCCGUGGAGUGAUGAGGUGGCAUUGCCAGGACUUUAUGGGAUUGCCCUCUAUCAGUUCCAAGCCCUGGAAUCAGAAGAACUAGACUUUGAGGUGGGGGAACGGAUCCGAAUUCUGGAAGUUUUAGAAGAUGGUUGGCUAGAGGGUGAACUUCGAGGAAAACGUGGCAUCUUUCCUCACCGGUUUGUGAGGUUGGAAGAGAACUGCCUACAGCCUAGAAAGCAAUGGAAAUCUGGAUAUUUGCCAAAGGGGGUGGAUUCUGUUACAGCCAGUCUUCACAAAGCAGGUUCCCCUGGAGAGGAGCCUGGAUGGAGUUCAGACUAUACUGAGGAAAAGACUUGUCAACUUCCUUUGAUGCACAGGAAUUCUUUGCACUCUGAAGUAAAACAGAACCAAAUACCAAAUCACCAGAAGGAAAGUUGCCUUGGCUCUGUUCCUUUAGAAGUGCCAGGCACAUCCUCCCUAGAUUCUGAUAAAACUGUCAAUGGAGUUUCUUCCAUGCCUCAUUCUCCACUUCAGGUAAAAACCCAACACUAUGACCAUUCGGAUAAAUCAGAGCCCAUUCAAACCCCCAAAACUUCAUGGGACCGUUUGAAGGGCGGCAAGCGCUCAGAGCAGGAUGGAGAGGCUCAUAGUCUGAUCCACCAGAGCAUUCUUUGUGAGGACUUAGUUGUUUGCAUGGGUGGUCAGCAGCAGAAACCUAAAUCUCAUUCUUCCAGCUUCAGUAGAACUCAGGAGAGCUUGGACAUUUGGCCUGCCUGUCAAGGUACACAGAAUGAACUCCCUCAAGGUGUGGCCCAUGGGGAGAUCUGUGGGGACCUUGACUCAAAACUGACAGAGCAGCUGGCUCAGUUUGAACAGAGCCUGACAAAUCCUAUAGGCCAUGGUGGCCAUGACACUUUUGAGCAGGAUAAUGUUGCUCGGCAUUUUUCCAUUCUGGAUUUCAAUUGUGAGAGAGAUAUUGUAUGUGGUACAGUAGAGAAUACUUCGCAGAGGAGAAAAGUGCUACGGCCACCCCCACCUCGACCUGAUAUUCCUGUCUCUGCCUCACCACAUGUGCCAAUAAGGUUUGGCCCCAGCACUGCACCUGUCUCACAGAGUAUUCCACCUUCCAUGCGGCCCUCCAGGCCAGCACCACUUCCACCUCCAGAGAGCCAAAGGAAAAGCCCAGCCGCAGUUAAGCAGCAGCUGGGGAGCAGAGAGAGACAAGGGAACACUGUUGAGUCUGGAAGAACAUCUCCAUGUCCUUUCUUAUUGAAUCGUAUUCAGGAAUUAGAGCAAGAACUUGAUUUUUAUAGGAAGACUCACGCAGAGCUCAGUGCAACACUGGAACAGCCACAGGAUGAGGCUGGGCGAGAUGAGACGUUAGAGAACGUGGACCUCUGUGACUGUAAAAUAUCAUCCCUGUCCCUGGAGCUGCAGGAGCUGAAGGAAAUGACUCUGCUAACAUCUCAACCAACAUCACUGGAGUCAGUACCUCCCGCAGCCACCACACCAAACCCAGAACAAAGAAUGCUGGAGAAGAGAGCAAAAGUCAUUGCUGAACUGUUGCAGACUGAACAGGAUUAUAUCCGAGAUCUUGAAAUGUGCGUCCAGAAGGUCCUGGUGCCAUUACAGGAGGCACAGAUGCCACAUGUAGAUUGUGAACUGCUGUUUGGGAACAUCUGUGGAGUAAUUGCUUUCUCAAAGAAGUUGUUGAGCUCCCUGGAAGCCGCAGAUGCUGUUGUGUUGAAGUACAGGAAGACUGAUGAUGAUAGCCUGAUUGAGAAGAUCUCCAAACUUAAUUUCCACUCCAUAAUCAAGAAAUCCAACCGGGUCAGCAGCCACUUGAAACAUCUCACAGGUUUUGCUCCCCAGCUCAAAGAUGAGGCUUUUGAAGAGACUGAAAAGAAUUUCAGGAUGCAGCAGCGUCUGAUUAAAUCUUUUAUCCGGGAUCUUUCUCUUUACCUUCAACAUGUCCGGGAAUCAGCUAGUGUUAAAGUGACAGCAGCACUGAGUAUGUGGGAGCUGUGCAUGGAGAAGGGAAGUGCUGAGUUGGAGCAGUUCCAGAAGAUUCAUGGUUUCAUCAGUGAUCAGCUGUUCUCUGAUUUCAAGAAACGCACUGAGCGUCUGGUGAUCACGCCUCUGAAUCAGCUGCUGAACAUGUUUGCUGGACCUCACAAACUGGUGCAGAAACGCUUUGAUAAGCUCCUAGAUUUCCACACAUGCACCGAGCGGGCCGAGAGGUUGAAGGACAAGCGGACCUUGGAAGAAUUACAGUCAGCACGCAACAAUUAUGAGGCCUUGAACACCCAGCUGCUGGAUGAACUGCCCAAAUUUCAGUGCUGUGCCAAGGAGCUUUUCACUAGCUGCCUGCGCAGCUAUGCUGAGGCUCACUGUGACUUUGUACGCCUGGCACUGCAGGAACUUCAGCCUUUGUUCUCACUGCUGCAAGUGGUUGGCCGGGAAGGGAAUCUUAUUGCCAUCUUCCAGGAAGAGCAUAGUAGAGUCCUCCAGCAACUACAAGCCUUCACCUUCUUUCCGGAGAGCAUUGCUACCACUAAAAAGCCCUUUGAAAGAAAAAGCCUGGAGCGUCAAUCGAUGCGAAAACAACCCCUUCUGCCCAUGCCCAGUUACAUGCUACAGUCAGAUGAACUGCGAGCAGCCCUCCUGGCCCGCUAUCCUCCUGAGAAGCUAUUUCAGGCCGAGCGUAACUUCAAUGCAGCUCAAGAGCUGGAUGUGUCAUUAUUGGAGGGGGAUCUCGUGGGUGUUCUCAAAAAAAAGGAUCCUAUGGGCAGUCAGAACCGUUGGCUUAUUGACAAUGGAGUGACAAAGGGCUUUGUGUACAGCUCCUUUCUGAAACCUUACAAUCCACGCUGUAGCCACUCGGAUGUCUCUCUGGCCAGUCAUUCGUCUGGUGAAUCUGAACUCAGCGGUUCUUCCUCGUCCCAUGGAAUCAGUACAGCAAACAACAUUUUGACCAUCACAUCUGUGAACAGCCCACAGAAGCCUCCACAGGACUCUGGCAUCCUAGGCAACCUGAUUAAUUCUGUUCAGACUCUCUCAGAGCCGGAUGCUGUUUGCCAACUCCAGCUGGGUCCCAUUUUGGAAUCUGCAGAGCCAUCCCGCAAUCCUCCAUCAUCUCGGCGACACAGUAAUCCAGAUGCACGAAAUGGGCACCAAGCCCGGUACAAGGCAAGGCCAACCGCAUCAGUGGACAACCUAAGGCUGAAGAGCAGUGAGUGCAUGGGAAAUCAGGUCUAUUACGCCCUUUAUACUUUUAAGGGCCGCAAUUCAAAUGAACUGAGUGUAACAGCCAAUCAAAGAUUAAAGAUUCUACAAUUUGAAGACAUAACUGGCAACCAGGAAUGGUGGCUGGCAGAGGCACAUGGGAAACGGGGCUAUGUACCAUCCAGUUACAUUCGCAAGACUGAGUACACGUGAGAUGCUGGAGCAGGAGACGUCACAAACUGGUGCCUUUAUAACUACCAUGCAAGGGCAUACUCUUGCAUCCACGCACGCCAUGCCUCUGAAAGUUUGGAUUUCAGUAUAUUUAUGUGGGGAGUUCGACCUCGUUUCCAUCAAAGUUGGAUGUAAUGCUCUUACUGUGCAGCCUGAGACAUCCCUGUCUUCCUCUUAGCAGGGCUGUGUGGAGCUCAUAUUUCCAAUGAAGGUAGAUAUUCAGUCCUUAACUGGAUUGUAAACUGGCUGGAAAUCAUGCAGCCAAGAGAGAGAGCUGGCUAUUGGUGCAAAAGCAUGAGAAAGGAGCCAGUGAAGAUAAAAAGAGGACUCAGAUUGUUGGGGGCAAUAUGCCGACUCUGUAAACUGCUUAGAGAGGGCUGUAAAGCACUGUGAAGUGGUAUAUAAGUCUUAAGGGCUAUUGCUAAUAAGUCCAGUAUUUCAGAAGUCACCAAAGGAGUAUUAGGUAUAUUUACUGCCUUGAAUUAAUUGUAAAAAUAAUAAAGGCAAGAUAUAAAGAAACAAAGAAAUAAAAUCGCCUCUUAAGGCCCAAUCUUACUAUUGUCCUCCAGCAGCUGGUUCUCAAAGGUGUAGCUGAACCUACUAGUAGUUAUGGCGUGUAGCUGUUGGUAUUUCUGCUCUUUGUGAAACCACGUAUCUGCAGCCCUGUAAGAAGUGAGCCUAAGAGAAAGACAAGGGCUCAGAGACUUUGCUGAGUGUCACCACCAAGAAGCAAGUAUCCCAUGUGUCCUUUCCUAUCUCAGUAUUAGUUAACAUUGUUUGCUGUUGGGCAAAAUAAUUCUUUGGUUCAACUUUAGACAGGUUUGGUGCCCAUCUUGCAUGCUGCAGUAUCCGUGAGAGGGCAAGGCUGCAAUUCUUUUGUCCCUGACUCAGGUCAGAGCUGGAGGGGGAGCAUUGAUGCUCUGGGGAAAACAGCAGAAUGUAAAAGCUGCGUUUUGCUUCCUGAGUAACUUGCUUGAGUUGCUGUUGUAUAAAUAAAAUAUAUUUCUCAAA